AUAUUCAAGCUCUUACUAUUUCUCUCUUAUAUAAAACCCAUAACUUCGACAGAAAAUAAGGUGCAUCUUUUGAUGAGAACGCCAAUGUUAAAAUGUGAUUUUCAUUCCUAAUCUUGACUCCAUGCAACAAGGAAGGUUCUUCGUCUCCCGGACCUGAUAUGUACAUAGACUCAGAAGAUGAUGAAUCUGAGAGUGAGGAUGAUGAUUUGUCCUAUGAUGAUUAUUAUGAUGAUGAGCAAGAUGAAUCAAUAGAGGGGUCAGAUGUAGAUGCUAGUGAUGAACUUGUUAGUGAAACCAACAGCGAGACCGGAGACUCUGCAGUCAAUGAUGAAUAUGAUAAGGACCAUAAUAUUUCAUAUUCAAGUUCAAAGUCCUCAGAGGUUUGUGACUAUCUUGAAGUCUCAUUGCCUCAGUCUGAAGAUAUCAAAAGCUGUGAAAAUUUCACAAGCCAAAAUAAGACUGCUUCUGCAAAUGACUCCACUAAGCCCACAGAUAUAAUUGAAGGCUUAUCCCUGACCAAACUACAAUGAAUAGAUCAAAUUGUCCUAGCACUUCUUCAUGUAACGACGCCAUAUCCAAUAGAAAAAUGCAUCGACGCCGCACUGUUUUGGGGCAAAACCAUGGAAGCAAGGACCUUUCCAUGGAAUCCAUUGAUUUUCUAGACGAAAAUGAAGCUGAAGUUGAGAGGCUUGAAGCUGUUAAGACAGAAUUGCAUAGGCAAAUUGCAGAGGAGGUAAAAAUAAAUGUAAAACUGCAGUCUUAUGUGGAAACACGAAAGGAAGCAUUGUACGAGCGUCGUGUGGUUCUUGAGCGAAAUGUGGAUAAAUUACAGGAACAAUUGCUAAUGGAGAAGAGCUUGAGGGCAACUCUUGAAGCAGGACUUGAGUUUCCUCCAGGGACUUCAUCUGAGUUAUCUGGUAUUGAUGAAAAGACCAAGACAAAUGUUGAGGAAAUAGUGCUGAUAGAAGCAGAUCUUGCCGACUUAGAACGGAAGGUUAACGAGCUUGGUUUACGGCUUAAUGCACAACUUGAAUGGAAUUCUAGUUCCAUAUCUCAACAGAUAUCAAGCCAUGAAAGAAAUUUGAAGAACAAGCCAGAUACUGAAGUUGCAGCCAUUUCAGAAUCUGACAGGUCAAUAAAAAAGGACAGUCAUUUUGGUGGAGCAGGAAACGAGAAUGAGAGAAAACCAGAGUCAACAUCUUUACCAAAUAAACAUUCGCCUAGUUCCAAGAAAUCUGUUGCAAGAGCUGAGGUAAGUUUCCUAUUUCUAUGGCCCAUGAAUAUCAUUUUCAGGUGAACAAAAUGAUAUUGU